UACAAAAUCAUUUUACGUUUAAACGCCAUGCACAGAGAACGCUUUGUCCAAAUAAUCAUCACAUUCCUAGUCUUAAAAGAGUGUUAUAGUAUUAAUUUGAGGAACAAUGUCGGCAGUGCAGUUCUAAACAGUCCCGAUUCGGAGUUGAAUUUCUCCCAGCUCGCUUGGAAAUAUGGAUAUGAUUCGGAGCAGCAUUACGUGACUACAGAAGAUGGGUAUAUAUUGACGACAUUUAGGAUGAAGGCCAGAAAAUGUGGAGACAAAACACCACCGCUACUGCUCAUGCAUGGAUUACUGAUGAGCUCGGACACUUUCUUGGAUGCAGGACCUGGAGUUGGACUGGCUUAUCUUUUAGCAGACGCCUGCUAUGACGUCUGGGUCGGCAAUGUUCGAGGGAAUUACCACUCCAGAGCUCAUGUUACCCUGAAUCCAGACAUUGACGCCAAAUUUUGGAACUUUUCAUACGAUCAAAUGGGAUAUUACGAUGUGCCAGCGACAGUCGAUUAUGUUUUGGAACAAACCGGUGAACGUAAUUUGAGAUACAUUGGAUAUUCGCAAGGUGCCGGCUCGGCUUUCAUUAUGUGCUCCGAAAGACCGGGAUACUGUGAUAAAUUAAGAGUUUUCAUAACAUUGGCGCCGUCUACGCGACAUAAAUACACGAAAUCACAACUUGCCAGAUCGCUGGUGAUAAAUUUUCGUAAAUACGAACGCGUGUUGACAAAAGCAAGAGUGUACGAAGUGCUUGGUAAACCUGAAUCGGUACCAGAUUACGUUGCAAUGUUUUGCCGGCUCAAUAUGGGGCCAGGGAGUAUUUGCCGGUCAGCAUUGACACUACUGGAUAGUUCCCAUCCUAGGUCAGUGACUCUUUCAACUGUUAGCACGUUAUUUGGACAUUUGACUGCGGGCACUUCUAUUCACAACUUGGCACAUUAUGGACAGGACAUGGUCAGUGAUGAUUUCCACAAAUUUGAUUACGGUGCUGAUAAUUUGAACGUUUAUGGAACGAAAUAUCCUCCUAAAUAUAAAUUACGAGCAACUACCGCUCCUGUGUUCAUUAUAUAUGGAGGGAAUGAUGGGUUGGUGGGCGUUAAAGAUGUUGAAUGGUUGGUGUCACAGUUACCUAAUGUCAUUGAGACGUGGCUGGUUCCUGAUCCGAAAUGGAAUCACGUAGACUUUAUGUACAGCCAACAUAUACCUACGUUGAUAUUUCCAAAAAUACAACAAUAUUUGAUGCGUUAUAACUAGUGAUAUAAAAAAUUGGUAUUUUUAUUUUCUGCAUAUCUAUACCUACUAAUAUUAUAAAGCUGUAGAGUUUGUUUGUUUGUUUGAACGCGCUAAUCUCAGGAACUACUGGUUCGAAUUUAAAAAUUCUUUUGUUGAAUAGACCAUUUAUCGAGGAAGGCUUUAGGCUGUAUUACAUCACGCUGCAACUAUAAGGGGCGAAGAAAUAAUGGAAAAUGUGAAAAAAGCGGGGAAACUUAUUCACCCUUGAGAGCUUCAAUGAUGCCCAAAAUACAUAACUAUUCCACGCGGACGUUGAAUUUAAAAAAUGCAGUUUUGUUAUUAUACGAAACAUAAUAAUUAAACUUACUUUGUAUUGUAUUAGGUACAAGAACAUUAUCUAAGUUAGAACUAACAACAUUUAAUAUUAACAAUCAUACAAAUGUAUUAGACUGUAAUCAUGUUAAGUUAUGAAUAAAUGAUAAUUUAUUCAACAUUUCAAUAACACUUGAAUGUUGAAUUUUCAAAUCCCCAGAAUUUCA